AUCAACUGAGAAUGACGCAGGACUCUUUCUACGGCACGCCACUUGUGACUAAGAACAUAGCGAGCGGACCAAGGAAGUACAGCGACUAAGGUUGGAUCAAAUAAAUGGAUAAACUCCUUCUAAAACAUGGAAGCCCCUAAAGAAGCCACAGAUGGUAAUGAUGACAGAGCACAAUACGACAGAAGUAAUCCUUUGAUAGGUAAUUCUAAGACAAAGCGGAAAUUGCGUUCAGAAAAGGAGACACUGAAGAAUGAACCAGAUAAAAUUAAAGAGAGUAACCCAAAGGCUGAAGAAGACAAUCAUGAAAACUCCCUAGCAGCCAAAAGACUAAAGCUCGAUAGAUCGAAACUAAUUCAGAAAAGUGAGAGUAAUGGAAAGGACAUGGAGAAGGAUAAUGAGCUUCAAAAGGUGUCCCCUGGCCAAGAAGUACGUGAUUUGUGUAAUGUCAACAUAGAAAAGGAAAAACCGAAAGUGGGAAAUGUUACCUGUGCAUGCUCCUUCUGCGAUUUUAGGGGAAAAAAUCCCACUGCCUUAAAAGUGCAUGUAACAAGAAGGCAUUCCCACAGCACUGCUUCCAGUCCAUCACAAGCUUCUAGUGCAGAAAAGGAAAGCACCGUUAGCAAAAAUGACUUGUGUAGGAAAGGCAUCGCUAAUAUACCUGGUAGUAAGGAAGUUGCAUCUGAAUAUGACAAGCCUACCAAGAAAAGCCCAAAAAAAUCAACUAAUGGGAACAUCUGCCCUCACUGUGACUAUAGGACAGAACAUGUGGCAUCAAUGGAUGAGCAUAUAAAAAAUAAUCACAAAGAAAAAACAUUCACGUGUGAAUGUUGUUGUUUUCAGUGUCUUGAUGAUAGUACUCUUCAGGCUCAUUACCUUGGAAAGACACACCUUCGCAGGCAGAAUCUUGCAGCGAAGGGGGGGUUGGUAAAGGUAUUGACCAAAAAACAAAACAAAAAAAAGCCAUCUAAAAGUACACAAUCAGACCCUGAAAAUUCAGUUAAUACCCUAGUAAUUCCAGCCUCUGAGAAAAUGGAACUUAAAAUUUUCCCUAAAAAGAUAGACACCAAAGAUGCCUAUGCAGAAACCACACAGCUGAAUUUGGCAUCCUCUGAAACUGAAGAUGAAGAAGCCAAUAGUAAAGCUAAAACACCGAAAGCCAAAAGGUUUAAGGAUGGAAAGCAAAAAACACCUGAUGAUGAUGAGGAUGGUGGAGCUGAUGUUCAGAGUUCCACAGACAGGAAACAAACUAGCAAAGAAAAACUGGGCAGCCAAACUGUUGAACAAGACUCAGCAGCAAAUGAGUAUGCAACCCCUUUAAAUAGGUGGAAUGCAAGUGAAGAGGUGCAUCUUGUUUGUAGUCCAAAAGAUGGUGAAACUGAAAAGAUACUUCAGGACAAGGACACCAGAAUUGUCAGUGUAAAUGCAAAGGGUAGCCUCUGUGGAGAAACUGAAAUCAAAGUAAACAAUGCCACAACAGAAAUUUCUUUCAAUGCUGAAGCCACAUCCGAAACGAUAAUAAAUGAAGCUAAUAUUGAACUUUCACAGGAAAAUGAGUCAAGCUCCAGUUCCUUCAUUCUUAACCUUCAAGCUGUUGAAAAUGUGGAGGUGGAGCUGCAAGGUUCAGAAAUGAGUGCAGAGCAAGAGUCUUCUAUUGGGAAGGAUACUUCUAACUCAAAAUCUACUAAGAGCAGUGCAAAACGAAAGCCACCAUCUUCAAACAAAAAAUCACCAUAUGUUUGCAGUUACUGUAGUUAUGAAUUUCAGAGCAAACUUGGUCUACAGCAUCACAUUGGAAGGCGCCAUACAAAAGAAAUGAAGUUCUUUUGUGAGACUUGUCCAUAUGCUUGCGUAGUAAAAGGCGACUUUGAUAAGCACUGUCAGAGUAACAAACAUCAAUUAAGGAAAAAUGUUACUGAGAUAGAAGUGCAGAUACCACGAGAUCAAAUAAAACCAUCAAUAACACGAGUGGUUGCAGUAAACUUACUAAAACGUUCAACACAUAGCAAACCCCAGCUACAAUGCAAGAAAUGUUUAUAUAAAACAAAGCAUUCUUCAGUUCUCUUAAAACACAUACAAGUAAAACAUGAAAAAGAAUAUAAUUUCUGUUGCAAGGUAUGCAAUUAUUACACAGUGACAUUUGAAGGCAUGGAGAAACAUACCAACAGGAGAAAGCACUUGCAAAAGGCUAAGAAAAGCAAUCUUGACAUUUCAUCUGAAGACAUUAUUGAGGAAGUAUGUGUAAGUAUGUCAUCAAUUGAAAAAAAAUUGAAACAACAACCUAUUUUCUUUUCACCUGUUAAUACCGAAGAGAAAAAUGACAAAAAUAUCCAAGAUGGACGGCUGUCUGAUGUUGAAAACACAACACUUGAAGAGUCAUCAGGGAAUUUGGAGGGUAUUAGUGUGACUGACACCAAGACAACUCCUACCUUGAGAAAAAGUAAAAGAGGACGACCAAAGGCAACUGCAUCUACAAAAUGUCAACAUUGUGGGAUUGUUGCUUCCAGUAUUGCCAAUCUCAAUGUUCACAUUAAACGAAGGCACAGCCACCAGUACAGUUAUGCUUGUAAGUUGUGUAACUUCUUUUCUGUAACUAAAGGAGAUAUGGAUCGUCAUUGUGCUACCAAGAAGCAUAUGAACCGUGAAGUAAUGGCCAUGAAGACAAACCAAGGAACUGAACCUGUUUCUCCUGAUGAUGCUUUAGAAGUUUCUCGCAAAGAACAGGGUACAAAUAAGUCUGAAGAAUUGGAGAAUGAAAGUGAUGCAAUAAAGUCUCAUGCUUUGAAGGCUUGCAAAAUGUGUAAGUACUAUUGCAUAAUUAAAGAAGAUAUGGAUCAUCAUUGUUCUACCAAGAAGCAUAAAAUGCGCGAAUUAUUGACCGUGAAGACAAACACACAAACUGGACAAGUUUCUCCUAGUAGUGUUGUUGCAGAAGCACAUCACAAUGGACAUGAUAUUUUGAAUGCUGGAGACCAGGGACAAGACAUUAAAGGCAAUACAGGUUUAGACCCUGAAAAUCAGAUAGAAGCUGUGAUAAACCAGGCAAAAAAAGAGCAUACUGCUGAAGUUGAAAUAUUGGAGGAUUGCUUUCCUUCACAAAAUCAGGAUGGCCAUGUAAAAGUUCUUGACUGUUCUCCUCUGACAAAAAUGAAAGAUGAUUCAGUUAAUUCUUGUUCUCACUGUAGUUUUGUUGCUCAUUCCCUUUCAUCUCUUGACCUUCAUGUUAAACGCAAACAUACUAAAGACUUUGAAUACUUAUGUAUGGGAUGCAACUAUUAUGCUGUCACUCACAGGGAGAUGACAAGACAUGCAGCAACAGAAAAACACAAGCUUAAAAGCCAGGCCUACCUGUUAAAGUUGAAAGAAACAGCAGAAGUGUUACCCGUGGAAACCACAGCCAAAUGUGGAGAGGAAGAGGAACAUCAAGAAGAGAGUCUUGAUGAAACACAACAGGAAAGUCCUAGUGAGUCAGUCAGUGCAAAGACUACAGGUAUGAAAAAUGACACAAUUGUUACCGGAGUAACAGUGGAGAAUAGAAAUAUAGAAGAAUCUGCAAGAUCACCACUAGAAAGUGAGGCCAGUGAAGGUAACAACUUAGAGAAGAGCCGAGAUUUACAUUCAGGAGGAUCUGGAACUAAAACUGGUGAGGGCCAAAUAAUAAAUAUCAAGGUAAUUGAAUGUAAAGAAGGUGAUAUUCCAGAAAAGGCUCAAAUAGAUGUUCAAAAUGAAACCGAUGAAGCUGUAAAAGACAGUGUUUGGAAGACGGAUGAGUCCAUAACUGAAGGCUUACAAGGAGUUGACAGCGACAUUGAAUUGCAGGAAUCUAAUCUUGCUGGUCAGUCUCAGACAAAGGAAUUAUCAAGAGCUGUUAAAUUUGAUGCUUCCAUUGUUCUGCUAAAAAAUUAUUCUGAUGUUGAAUAUACUGAUUAUGAUGCGGGUCAGAGUUCAGAAGGACUUGCUUCCGAUAAUAAAAACUUACAACCGGUUAGAAAGAAAAGGAGGUCUUCACAAAUAGAGAAGCCUCGCAUUCGGUGUGAAGACUGUGGAUUCCUGGCUGAUGGCCUUAGUGGCUUGAAUGUGCACAUAUCUAUGAAACAUCCCACAAAAGAGAAGACCUUUCAUUGUUUACUCUGUGGAAAAUCAUUUUACACAGAGAGCAAUCUCCACCAGCAUUUGACCAGUGCAGGUCACCUGAGGAAUGAGCAAGCAAGCAUAGAAGAGCUGCCAGAAGGAGGUGCCACUUUCAAGUGUGUUAAAUGCACUGACCCCUUUAAUUCUGAGCAGGAACUUUUCAUGCAUAUUAAGGAGAAGCACGAAGAACUGCUAAGAGAAGUAAACAAGUACAUCUUGGAAGAUACAGAACAGAUUAACAAUGAAAGAGAAGAGAAUCGAGGCAAUGUCUGCAAGUACUGUGGCAAGAUCUGCAAAAGCAGCAACUCCAUGGCAUUUCUAGCCCACAUUCGCACUCACACAGGAUCAAAGCCGUUUAAGUGUAAACUCUGCAAAUUUGCUACUGCCCAGUUGGGGGAUGCUCGUAACCAUGUCAAGAGACACCUUGGAAUGAGGGAAUACAAGUGCCAUGUCUGUGGAUGGGCCUUUGUCAUGAAAAAACACCUGAACACACAUUUACUUGGCAAGCAUGGGGUAGGAACGCCUAAGGAAAGGAAAUUUGAAUGUGAGCUGUGUGACCGAUCCUUCAGCGAAAAGUGGGCGCUAAACAAUCACAUGAAACUGCACAUUGGAGAAAAACCAUUUAAAUGUGCUUGGCCUACAUGUCACUAUUCCUUCCUGACCCUGUCUGCAAUGAAAGACCACUACAGGACACAUACAGGAGAGAAGUCAUUCCUGUGUGACCUGUGUGGCUUCGCUGGCGGUACACGUCAUGCCCUCACCAAACACAGAAGACAGCAUACAGGAGAGAAGCCGUUCAAAUGUGAGCUGUGUAAUUUCGCUUCAACAACGCAAUCCCAUCUGACACGCCACAAACGUGUGCACACUGGAGAGAAGCCCUACAGGUGCCCGUGGUGCGACUACAGGUCCAACUGUGCAGAAAACAUCCGCAAGCACAUCCUCCACACAGGCAAACAUGAGGGAGUGAAAAUGUACAACUGCCCCAGGUGUGACUACGGAUCCAAUUCCCCAACAGACUUCCGCAACCAUCUGAAGGAAUGCCACCCAGACCUUGAGAAUCCAGAUCUAGCCUAUCUGCAUGCAGGUAUUGUUUCCAAAUCUUUUGAGUGUCGUCUUAAAGGCCAUGGAGCCUCCUUUGUAGAAACAGACACCCCAUUUACAGCAGCUGCAGAAGAGCCUUCCCCAGUCAAGGACAGUGUGCUGAGGAUCUCCAGGAAAGAGGCAGAAUCCCAGGCAGAGUCUGUUCAACAAGUCAUCAUCAUUCAAGGGUUUCCUGAAGGAUAUGGAGGAGAGUUCUCAAUCGAUGCCUCAAUGGAGGAGUCUGCAGCAGCAACCCUUCAGACACUGGCAAUGGCUGGCCAGGUAGCAGAAGUGGUCCACAUCACAGAAGAUGGUCAAGUAAUUUCCACCAGUGGGUGCUCCACUCGUCUGAGCAGCAUGAUUCCAAGUCAGAUUCAGCUACCGGCAGGCACCACCCAAGUCGUGGUGGUUGAAACCCCUGUAGAAGGUGCAACCUGUGGCGAAAUGCUAGCUGAACAGGCGGUCCAUACAGCUGGUUCCUCUUCAGCACUGAAUGCUCUUUUGUGUGCUGUAACAGAGUUGGGACAGGCAAAAGACAGUCAAGAACAGCAGAACACUGCAGAGGCAAACCACGAGGAAUCUCUGCCAGAGGGAUACGAAAGCGAGGUGGUAACAACUGAAGUGGCCAGUGAGAUUGUGACUGAAGAAAUGCAAGUUUUCCAUGAAAUGCAGGACGACACAGAACCCAUGGAGCGGGUAACCCAAGUGGUGCAGUCGUCAUCAAUACCCGCUUCUCAAGAGUCAGUUCCAGCAACCUACAAGGAUAUGGUCCAUGAGGUCCUGCAGCUUGCUAUGUGCGACAUGGCUACUGGGGUGACGCAGGUCAUCGUCAAUGAUGAAGGGAGAGUCCACAUGAUGUCGAGAGAAGGUCAGCAGAUCAUAAUGCAAGAGGCAGGAGACCACAGAAUCAGAGUCCCCAAUCAUCACAUGGACUUGGUCAGCUCAAAUGGGGAGAUGAUCAUCGUCACAGAAGGAAUAGCGCGAGCCAUGGUUCAAAACUCUGGUCAGAACUUCUCUGUUGGAAACACACAUUAUAUUGUAACAGAAUUAGAUGAUUCCACUCUGCAGGUUGAGGGAACUAUGUACUCGCAAAACAACCAGGAGGAAAGCCCAUAUCAAGAGACAGUGUACCAGACGGAAGAGGAGAACAUGACCGGCGAAGAGAUGGAAACAAGUCCUGCAGCUACCACAGUGGUUGAAGAGCAAUUAGAAGGCAUGGUGGUUUACACAGAUAGUACCUUUCAAGAAAAUGUGAUUGAGGAGUGCAGUGAUAGCACACAAGAACUGGAAGCUGAGGAAAGGCAGCCUGCAGAAAGUACUUGAGUGUAACAUGAUUCCUGACAGACGACUACAUAAUCAAAAAUUUGAACUUUUUGCUGCAUUUUGUUAUAAUGCUCAUUACAAAAAUCUGAUGAUAGAAUGUCAGAGAUAAUCUAAUAAUGUCGUAAUAAUGUAAUAAUGUCUGUGAACAAUACUCAGGAUAUCUUACAGUUUAUAUUUGUAAGCAGUGGCAUCUAACUUCACAGAGUUGAAAAUCUGUGACAAACUGAGGAGUGACGUGUGUUGUGGAAAUAAAUGUCUGCAACAAAUAAGCCAGUCAAAUGCUUGGGUGUACAUCAAACAGCAACAGGAAGAAGCUUAAUGUCAACUUGAUAUGAUAUAAUUGCUUUCAUCAAGAGUAUGGUGUCCUGAAACAAUUGUGGUCUGUUUGUACUUUUUAAAAAACAUAUACUGUAGCUGAACCCAAUAAGUACACACAGUUAUUAUUGAUUAAUUAUUUGGCAAAACAUAAAAUGAAAUAUUUAGUGAUUUUACCUUGUUGACAAUGGCAACAUGCUCUGUGUUAUCCAAAUCUCUGAUUUAAAAUAUGGAAUAUAAUCUUUAACGUGGCUGGAAAUAAAUCCUUGGGUAUUUAGGUAAUUUCUCAAAUACAGGUUGUAUUGCUUAGAAGCAGCAAAAAAUACUUUUUAGCUUUUCUUGGUUCCUUCUUGCAUAUUGAUUUGUUUUCAUUAAAAAUCUGCAGUUUGUUAUUAGUGGGGGAAAAAAUAGCAGAUUGAACAAAUGAAACUUUAAAAAUGAAAUGCUUUAAUGCAGUGAUAGUCUACCAGGAAAGAAGGUGGUAACAUGUUUUGCUGAUUUAUGUGUUAGUGCUACUUAAGUUUUGCAGUUCAGUGCUUUUUUCAGUAAACAUUAUCAAUAAAGGACUGUUGUUGAA